CUCAGCUGAUGUCUUCCAGCGGAGUUGUUUUGAAGAGAGGGAGAACUGCGGAGGAGAGCGGUGACAUGCCCCGUCCUGCCUGACUCACCAUGACCGCUGCCAUCCCCUGGGCAGUGGAGCUGGGGCUGACGGUGCUGUGCACGGUGCUGUGCUCCCUGCUCUUCCUGGCGGUCUACGUGCAGCUCUGGCUGCUGCUCCGCUACAAGCAGAAGCGGCUGAGUUACCAGAGCUUGCUCCUGUUCCUGUGCCUGCUCUGGGCCGGCUGCAGGACCGUCCUCUUCUCCUUCUACCUUACGAACUGUGCCCAGGCCAAUGCUCUGCAGCCUUUCCCGCACUGGCUGCUCUAUUGCGCCCCCAUCUGCCUGCAGUUCUUCACCCUGUGUCUCCUCAACCUCUAUUUCACACAGGUCAUUUUCAAAGCCCGCUGCUCCCCAGAGUUCAAUAGAUACAAGAUCCCGCUACACUUCGGGUUUCUUAUCACUAGUCUCGCCUUCCUGGUAGUGAACGUAUCUUGCAUAUUGAUUGGUAACGGGGAGGACGACCAGCACGGAUGGAUCACCAUGGUCAGGAUGAUCUUCAGCGACUGUCUCUUUGCUGCCUGCUCCAUCUCCCUGGCCAAUAACACCUAUAGGAUCGCCAACAUGUCUCCGGCCUACGUUUACCUAGAAUCUAAGGGCACCUCUGGAAGCCAAGCCGUUAUAACCGGCUCCAUAAUCAGCGUACUGUAUAUUCUGAGAGCUUUGUACAACUUGGUCGUGGUCUCCAUCCAGCCAGAAGACGAGCCAAGCCCCUUCAGUUAUGGCUGGAGCGGGAUCUUCGCUGAUCAUGCUGUUACAGAAGAGACUAAUAGUCUGGAAUAUCUGAUUUUUGAGAUUGUUCUCCUGGUCUGCGAGUUCCUGCCAAUGAGCCUGAUGGCAUACUUCUUCCAGGCCAAGAAGCUGAGCCAAAACUUGGAACCAGCUGGUAUGGUAAAUAGUCACAGCUUCGGGUCAAGAGCGUACUUUUUUGACAAUCCUAGAAGAUACGACAGCGAUGACGAUUUGCCCAGACUGGCGGGUGCCAGGACGGAGAGGGGAAGUCUGUCAUCCACCCCGAAAUCCUCCGGAUGGUAUGGAGCAAUAUGUCCGACCAGCAGCUGUGCACUGGCCCCACCUCUACUGAGCGAGCCGGCGUCAGGGACUCCUAUCCUGUUCACAUGUGGAGCGAAUACGCUGGCGUGACCCUACUGACAGGACAAUGACGUGUGCACCUUCUGCAGCCGCCUGCUGCUGUGACACAGUAAGGCGCGUCCGAUAACUUAUGUUUACGUUAACGCCGCGUUUGUGAAUUCCACAUUCCGUAUUUUUUAUUUUUUUCCCCAAGACUGACACCCGGUCUUGGUUGCAAACGUCCUUGAGACUUGCUGAGGUAUUGGAGAGGUCUUCAGGAGCGGAAUGGCAGCCGGCAGCUCUCGCUUAAGGAAUUCUGUAACCGUGCGUUUUUUGUUUUUUUUUGUUUUUUUUUGCACAUUAGUGUUUCAUGUGGAAAGACUGAUUCCUGCCAUCUCCAGACACAGGAAACCGAAAGGAUUGAAAUGCCUUCAAUCAUCAUUGCAGGCAAAUUCUCCAGAAGGCUUGAUGGUGUCUCUUCUAGGUUCUGCACUAGUAAGUUGCCGCCCUUCAGUUUAAACCAAAAUAAAAUGGAGGAGCAACUAGCCUAACGUCAUGACGCAUCAACGUGGAUGUAAUGCUCCCCCCCCCCCCCUUCCCCCCCAUCCUCAAAUCUCUGGCAUAUUGAGGGAGGUACAUGGUAAAAUUCUUGCUUCCUGCAGCCACCACUAGGGGGAGCUUACUGCAUAAAUCCACUGAGCUUCAUAAUAGAUGCAGUGAGCUCCCUCUAGUGGGCGUUGUGUGCAGCAGUGUUAUAUUUUACAUGCAGAUCCAUGCAGGAGAUUUGGAGCUCUGUAUGAGCAAAGUGGAAAUCCGAGCCCUAUAACGAUACAUUCAGAGGUUAUUGGGCACAACAUGAGGCAUCUGCUGCAAAUCCAUAUGUGUUAAAGUCCAUCUGUCAGCAGAUUUGUACUGAGGACACCAGCUGACCUGUUACAUGUGCACUUGGCAGCUGAAGGCGUCUGUUUGUCCCAUGUUCAUAUGUGCC